UGUGAUAAUUGGCAGAAGAAUGCGGGGAUUUUAGUUGAAUUACAAUUGAAACCAAGUUCUACAAAUCGCUAAUCGGCGAUCCAUUAUUGUAAUGAAUGGGUGGUUUUCAAUACACCGGAUAGUAUUCAGAUAGACGCUUUGAAUACGUACGUGGUUUAUUUGAAACAAGGUGAGGACAGUAGUAAAUGUAUUUGUUUUAUGAAUAAUUGCUCUUGUGAAUCAAUUUUGUUGGAAAUGAUAACCGAAAGCUAUGAAUUGAUUAUUUUGGCACAAGGAUAUUUAACAGAGGCGUUGUAUUGCCAUUGAAGGAUUUUAUCUUUGGAAUUCAUUACACAUUUAUAUUUUUCUGGGUGGUGAAUGGCUCAGAAAAAUGGCGACUGUUGUAUCUAUUAUGAACCAGAGAAGGUACAGGAAGUCAUACGAUCGCCCGGAUCGUAUGAAUAGCGACGGCGAAGGAGACCAACUAUGGGUGUUCCAACCGCACCUGAAACACAGCUCAAGAAUGGAUUCGCACGGCUCGGAUGGCAGCAAAACUGCCUUGGAUACAAUCAAGUCCUCUCCGUCACAUUUAAGUGAUCCUUUGUCACCCUGCAGCGGUUGUAGCAUUCCGAUAGCACAUAGGUGUAACCUUUUGACCUGCGAAAGGAUCACCAUUAACGUCAGUGGACAGUAUUACGAGAUUUGGGCUUCAGUGUUAAACAAGCACCCAGAAACGCUACUGGGUAAUCCCGAAAAACGGCUGCAAUUUUACGACAGGCAAAGAGAUGAGUAUUUUUUUGAUCGACAUAGACCAACGUUUGAAGCGAUUUUUAACUACUACAAAUAUGGCGGUUACCUAAGACGACCAGAUCCGGUUCCCGAUGACAUUUUCCUAUCCGAGCUUGACUUCUAUGAAAUUGAAAAAGAUAUGAUUGAUAAAUACAAACGAGAGGAGGGUUAUGUGGAUGAAGUACGAAUACUACCAGAAAACCCCAUACAACGAAAGAUCUGGAUGAUCAUGGAAUAUCCGGAGACCUCAUGUUUUGCCUAUGCAAUUGCAAUAGUAUCCGUGAUAAUAACAGUGUUGUCAAUUGUGCUAUUUUGUGUUGAAACAAUCCCAUCUUUGAAAAAGGAAUGUAACGAAGGUGAUCCAGUGAAUUUUGCGGAACCAUUCUUCAUUCUCGAAACCAUAUGCACGAUAUUUUUUACCAUUGAGGUUUUGCUGCGUUUCUUCUCAUGCCCGAACAAGCUGCAGUAUUUCAAAGACUUCAAGAACAUCGUCGAUGUGACGGCCGUAAUCCCUUACUACAUAACCCUUUCGAACAGCUUGACAAGCCAAAGCUGUGAGUCCUCUAAAUCCAGCACUUCCCUGGCGUUCCUCCGUGUUGUACGACUGGUUCGCAUAUUCAAGUUAACAAAGCAUUCAGCAGGAUUACAAGUGUUGAUUUUGACAUUCAAAGCCUCAGUCGAAGGGUUGCUUCUCUUUCUUGUUGCAAUGUCCGUAUGCAUUUUGCUCUUCUCUAGUGCAAUUUAUUACGCCGAGCAUGAGCUUGCAGACUCCCAAAUUACGAGCAUUCCGGACGGCUUUUGGUGGGCAGUAAUUACUAUGUGUACUGUUGGGUACGGAGACCAAGUUCCAAUCGGAGUCUGGGGCAAGAUAAUCGGCUCAAUUUGCGCCAUUUCUGGCGUUCUAACGCUGGCCAUUCCAGUUCCUAUUAUAACGGAGAAUUUUAACAAGUUCUAUGCUCAUAAAACGGGUAGAGGGCGAAUGUGAUGAUUUUAUGUAGUUUUAUAUAUUUUACCUUUACAACACAUAGUGAUACUUAUUGUAAGAUUUGCAUUUAGAUCGCACACGUUUUUAUUGCUCUUUCUUGCGCGCACCAUAUUAUAUUAUUUAACUAGAUUUACGCUUUUAAUACUCUUGAGUAUGUUUCAAAUAGCUAUGUCAUCAUUUGUGUAUUUGUGUUUAUAUUUGUAUUCGGAUAGUGUUCGUUUUCAUCCAAAUUGCCUCAUUUGCAACACCUCUCGCCGCUACUGUUAGACUAUCGUUGUAUGAAAACCGUUUUAUAAUGAUUGAGCUGUUAACAUUGUUCCUUCUGAUUAAUAGUUUGAAAUGGUUUAUUCUGUUCACCUUUUAAAACGUCUACGAAUUACAAUAUUUUUUAUUACGAAAUUUUAUACCGUGAGUUUGAUUAUUAAGAAAAAUUAGGAAUCAAGCGUCCGACAGAAUAAUCUUGCAACUUGUGUACUCCUUCCCAAAUGUAUUUGUCUCAUCAUCAAACUAGUAAGGGUGUUUAUGAAACAUGUCAAUUGAUAAUAUCUAUAUUUACCAUGUUUUUAAAUCUCUAUGAAAGAUAUUAACAACAUAACAGUCACUUCCAUAACUAGUUUAUACGGACAACGAAUUAUGAUAAACGACUCAACAUUUUGUGAUGCAAAGGAUAUGUGUCAUUGACAGUAUAUUGAGAAACGAACUGUUAACGGCGUUUAUAUUAUUGGUAUUUUUUUCUAAAAUUGCCUUCGUUGCAAGGUGUGCGCACCAAUGUGUUCCCGUGUUUUGUUUAUAGCCAUAAGCUGUGUCGGGCAUUAUAUCGUAUAACUGAGAAAAGACGUAUAUCAAAUGUAAUGCUUUUCCUUGGCAUAUGUAAUCCAUUUAAGAGAUGCAUAUUGGAUUUCCCCACGACUUAAGAAAUUGGUAUUGAGCAAACACCAUCUGCUACUUUAGCCGGGAAUGGCUGUCUAUCACGUCAUCUUAACGAAAAAGAAAGUACGCGUGGAGCACAUUUAAUUAAAUAAUUAGUUUAUGGAGAGUGUACAAGAAACAACAAACUUACAAGGCGAUCAUCUGCUUCUUACGUACAAAUUAAAGCUACCUUUUUUUUCUUAAAAUGUAUCAACAUAUGACAUGUGUGUACAUAACUCCAGAACUUGUAAACGCAGUUUUUCAGAAGUUUCAUACCUAAAAUAAGACAUUAUAAAACUCCAAAAACUUUAAGAGGACAAGCAUUCUUGUUACCAUAAAACAUGCACGGGUAACGAAAUAAAAUUCCGUAAGACAAUUAUUUGUACAUUGCAACAUUCAAAUUAAAAAAAAUAUUCGAAAACAUGUAAAUCUUCGGCAGACCAAUUAUUUGCGACAUAUAUUUUGUUGUUGUGGCUGUUAUAAACGGGUUGGUUUCCAAUGGUGUUGAAUUAUUGGUUAUUAAUUGAUUAUGUUACCAGAUACUCAACACCUGAAGCUUCAAUCAGUUUGCGGAAUUCGUUUGGUUAUUGAUUCUUGAAGCCUCCAAUGUCGCUCAAAACGCUGUGAGCAAUAUUUCAUUAAUAAGUCACUUGUUACUUGAAGGCGGUUGAAAAUACACUGUUCAACUAUUGAUCAAUAAAUGCCAUCGGUUAGGUGUACGGUAUGGGUUUAAUUCAUACGUACAAUAUAAUAACACUCGAACGCAACUGAAAAAACGGUGUAUUGUAACAACGAGUAACUUGUACCUUUGGCUUAUGUACUGUCGGAUACCUUUGCAUGACAAAAAGGACUAAAUGUAAUUUAAUGAUAUCGUGAAUAUUUAUUCCAUCAGUAAUUAACGUUAUCGCCUUUGUUUUAAAACAUCGUAUACAAUAAUCCUUACAAAUCUUUGGGCACUCUAUAUAUCACUUAAUAGAUUAUAAAAAAAUAACCCCGCGGGUUGUACUUACAAGUCAAUUUACCAUAUUUUGGGUCCAUUCUAUUGUGUGGCAUCCCCGCAUUGAUAAACAUAUUGAUCAACUUUUUUCUAUAAUUGCAUUACAAAUAUGUAACUUAAUUAAGUAAUCACUCCCGACAAAGACUGUUUGUAUUUAAAGCUAAUACGUUCUAUUUAAUGAGUCAUUUGUUCCGGACAAGUUUACUUUGAAACAUAAAACCAGCUGUCUAAAUGGGUAUGUAUUGACCGAAGCCAUCUUCAGCGUUUAGUAUUAAUGUGUAAAAUAAUAGUCUCUACACUGUGUUUUUUUUUCAAGUUCAGGCAUAGCCCGGUAGGUUUGAUAAAAAACGAUACUUAAAGUUCAAUGUUUUUAUGUCAUUUUGUACUAUUUUCUAGAAGAAAUUCAUUUACAGUUCAGUGAUUGUCAUUAAUUACACAGUUCCAUACAUUUCUACUGGUGCGUUGAUUGAAGUAUUUUCCCGAAAGACAUGAUUUGCUUAGAAACUUCACUUUCAAAUCAAUAUCUAUUCUUCGCGGAUAUGGGUUUAUCUACACAGCAUUUUUGGAGAAUUUCAUUGCCUGGCCUGUCACCCAGUCUCGAAAAAAUGACAAUGAAGAGUUAGCGAGUUGGAUAAAAUGAGAUCCAAUGAUCUUAAACAGAUUUUCCAAAGACCUUCAAGAACACCAAUCCAAUCAAUUUUUGGAUAAUUUGCUUAUAUUUAUAUUUAAUUUUCGUGCUAAUGUGCACAUGCGCCAAUAUUUGGGGAUGCGAUUGAAGACGAUUUUUGUAUUACUUAAAGUGCAUAUUAUAUAAGUUUGUUGUAUUAUAGUUUAGAUAAAACUGGACUGUGAUUACUGAAUUAUUCAAUACCAUUUUGUUGGCUUUUAUGUACUGUGUUUCUUUAUGUGAAUGAGUCAUGGGUGAUGCGUUUUAUUAAACCGACUUAAUCCUGUAAAUUGCUCAAAAGAGAUAUGUAUAUAAUUAUUUGUUGCAAAUGUUAUAUUUAAUACUGAAAUAUUUACAGCAGUUAUUUAUAUAGAGAGAAUAUGCAUUUGUCUCCUUUUUUGAUUAAGAUAACUAAAUUUCUUUUCCGACGUUGAUUUUUUUAAUAAUUCAUAUUUCACAGUCAGAUCAUGACAUUUUGUCAGAAGGUUAUUAAUGUUAAUGACCUCCUCGUUAUAUUUAUCAUGGUAUUAUUAAUUUCGAAUACACUUGCAUCAUAUUGUUAUAAUAAUUUAAAUCGAUGUGAAAUCAGUCAUCAAUUUUCACCAUCUUAUAAUUAUCAUCCGUAGUGAACAAAUAUUAUUAGAUAUUUAAAAUAUUCAGCAGACACCUUAGUAGUUAUUGUCAGCGAUAUAUUCUCAAUGAAUAAAUUAUAUGAUAUGACAUUUAUAACCGUUUGUAGACUAAUUCAAUUGUAUAGUAUGUGUUCACGUGUUAUUAGAUUUUUUCCAGAAUUCUUUUUUAAGAAAUAUAUAGUCACGUGUACCAUUUUUGCACAUGUAUUCGUACAUAGAUAAUGUAUUUCUUUGUCUUAGUUCAGGGCGCGUAUUUACCAACCGCUUCUUUGACUUAAGUCUAAAAAUAAAGAUAUGUUCUUAAAAUUGUAAUGCGCUGAAUCUACUUAAACGUCGGGUGUACCAUUGCAGCUACCAUAACAAAAUACAAUAUUCUUUGUUAAAACAGUAUUUUAAUAAUAUAAACACAUUUUUAGCUUGUACACGUGUAAAAAAAACAAAAAAAUAUUUUUAUUAAAUCUAAGAAUUUUCUUUAUUCUAAAGUCUAAGAAUAGGUUGGUGCACAGGUUUGACGCACUUUUCUUCAGAUGCAGUAUUCAAUACACUUGUAACAUAUGUCGAUCGUUGUUUUUGG